AUGGCAUCGGUGGACCACCAGUGCGAGCUACACCCAAAAGAUGCCCACACGCACGCUGCCGUCCACCCGCAAUGUCCCGUGCACAGCCCGGCGGCACAGGAGGCCAAGAACGGCAGCUUCCGAAAGGGCCUGAGCAGACACCGGGACUAUGUGAAGAUUCAAGUACCUGAGGGUAAGGGCAAGCCUCUGCCCAUGGAGUGGUGGAAGACAGUGCUGGCAUUGAUGUACGCAGCGUUCAACCUCGUUCUGACCACGGUGAUGAUCACAGUGGUGCACGAGAGGGUUCCAGCCAAAGAGAACAGCCCGCCACUGCCGGAUAAGUUUUUUGACUUUGUGGACCGCGUGAAGUGGGCUUUCACAGUGACCGAGGUGAACGGGAUGCUGCUGGUGGUGAUUUGGUCCAUACAGUGGCUAUUUCACAAGUACCGGGCCAUCAUUGGCAGAAGAUUCUUCUUUCUGAUGGGCACGUUGUACCUGUACCGCUGCAUCACCAUGUAUGUCACCACACUGCCAGUGCCUGGCAUGCACUUUACCUGCGCGCCAAAGCUACACGGAGACUCUCAGGCUAAGUUACAGCGUGUCCUGCAGCUGAUCUCCGGAGCUGGCUUGUCCAUUACCGGCUCACAUAUCAUGUGUGGUGACUUCCUGUACAGCGGCCAUACGGUCAUGCUUACCCUCACAUAUCUGUUCAUCAAAGAGUAUUCUCCCCGCUCAUUCUGGUGGUAUCACCUGCUCUGCUGGCUCCUGGCUGCAGUCGGUACGGUGUGUAUUCUCGUGGCUCACGAGCACUACACUGUGGAUGUGGUGGUAGCAUACUUCAUCACCUCUCGCCUCUUCUACUGGUACCAUACCAUGGCCAACUUACAGACGCUGAAGUGCUCACCCGGCAACUACCUCACCCACACGUGGUGGAACCCCAUCUUCAACUUUCUCGAGCGCAACGUGCAUUCGCAGGUGCCUUGUUUGUUCUGCUGGCCGACGUGGCCACCGACCUGUCUGAAGAAUCCCUGUAAGAACUACUCCAUGGUGCAGAGUAUUCGGGAGGAGUGA